AUGGACUCUCACCGCAAGUGUGGCUGCGACUUCUGCACUAACUUCAACAACUCCGGAGGACCAGAGAAGGAAGAAACAUUUCAAGAUCCACAGCCUAGCUUGAGUUCAACAAUUUUGGCGGGCGCAGACUACGGGGGAAAUAGAGAAUUCGAUGCAAAUGCCUCCUCCAGUUUUGGAGCUGGCCAGAAGGAGGAAGACUUCUGCGACGACCUGGACUCUCAGAACAUCUUUGCCUCGACUUUUCUGGACGAAACAAACUACCAGGAAAACGAGGGAUUCAAACCGGCUAGUGAAGAACCAACCCUCCCUUUUGUCGAAACACCGCCAGACUGGGAGGGGUUCGAAGCCCUUGAGUUUGGAGGCGGCUUCCCGGAGGCCAACUCUCAGCUGGAGGAGGAGGCUGCUGCCCCCGAGCCUCAGCCCCAGCGGCAACCCUUGCAGCUGACCCGGCUGAAGCCCCCAAUGCAAGCGCUGCGACAGCCCGUGCCGCAGGCCCCGCCGCUGGCCCCGCCGCAGCCCCCGCCGCUGGCCCCGCCGCAGCCCCCGCCGCUGGCCCCGCCGCAGCCCCCGCCGCAGGCCCCGCCGCAGCCCCCGCCGCAGGCCCCGCCGCAGCCCCCGCCGCUGGCCCCGCCGCAGCCCCCGCCGCUGGCCCCGCCGCAGCCCCCGCCGCUGGCCCCGCUGCAGCCCCUGCCGCAGCCCCCACCUCAACCAAAGCGCCGCCGCUACCGAAUCACCUUCACUGAGCUUCAACUGCGGGAGCUGGAGGCCUCCUUCCAGCGUGUCCAGUACCCCGAUGUGUUUGCUAGAAUGGAACUUGCCCAACGCCUGGGUUUGCCUGAAUCCAGAGUGCAGAUUUGGUUCCAGAACAGAAGGACCAAGUGGAGACAACUUCAGCAGGCACAUUUAUGCAGGAGCAUGUUUCCAGUUGCCAUGAGUACCCCCGUGGGUCUAUACAUGGAUGAUCGUUACGGCCCCAUCCCUAUCGUGGAGGUUAUUUGGAGAUAUCAACCUGUGGCACCCCAGCCAAUCCAUCCUCACAUGCUGCCUCUCCCACCCCUGGUUCCCCCACCAUUCAUGCCUAUGCCACUAAGGGGACCCCAUCCACCUCCAUUUCCCUGGCCACCUGCGCCACCUAAUGCUCCUAAUGCUCAAAAUGCUCAUAAUGCUCCUAAUGCUCCCAAUGCUCAAAAUGCUCCCAAUGCUCAAAAUGCUCCUAAUGCUCAAAAUGCUCAAAUGCCCAAUGCAGGUAUGGGAUAUGUCCCCAACCCCAAUGGCCAGUUCUAA